GGAACCCAAAAUACAUCCUGUAUCUAUUCAUGCAUGAAACCAACGCGAGUCCAGCACAAGUUAAGACCAAGUGUAAGUGUUUAUUUCCCUCUAUAAAUGUUACUAGGAGCUGUGACUCACUGAUUAUUAUGCUGCUGCUGCUUUGAGCUAUUAAUCUUUGGAUAGUAAAACAUACUGGUCAGUGUUUUUUACCCAGCAGUUGUGCAUAUUGUUGUGUUGUGUAACCCUUGUACACUUCAAGCAUACAGAAUUUGUUUUGGCUUGGGCUCAGCAGGUCCAUCCAGUGAUUGCAUAAUUCUGCUGCCUUUCUCUGUUUAACUCCAUCAAACAGUAACGGGGCUCCAGCUCCACUGCAGUUUUAACUACUUUGAAGAGGCUCCUUUUUUUGACCAAAGCUCAAAAUCUGCUUCGCUGGUGAGGAGGAGAGUUCAGUCUGCCAAAGCCUGUAAAAAACACUGCUAAGAUUAAAUGUUACUCUGUGAUUUUUAAAGAGUUGGACUUGUUUAGAUUCUCAAGAACUUUGGAUCACUUCAGUGAUGGCGACCUUUGAUGACCUCUUAGAAGAUGCUGGGACUUUCGGACGCAGUCAGAAGCGCAUCUUCGCCCUGCUCUGUAUAGUGUCAUUCCCAUUUUCAGGUGUCUACCUGGGCAUCGUUUUCCAGGGAUAUACCCCGGAUCACUGGUGUCGGCACUCUGCUGUGGUGGACAGGAGGCAGGAGUGCGGCUGGAGCCUGGCGCACAGUCGCAUGCUGACGGCGCCGCUGGUGAACAUCUCUGGAGCUCUGCAUCACAGCAGCUGUGAGCAGCAUGACGUGGACUGGAACACCACAGUGCUUACCUGUAACACACAGGAACUGGACCUGACUCACCUUCCUGUCACCUCAUGCAAGGUGAGCUCUUUAAAGCUACUGUUAGAGAAUGUUUGAUAAUUUAGCCAUCUAACUGUUACUGGUGGAAGAUGAACAUUAAAUAUGUGCUCAGAAAAAUUCAGCAAUCUUUGCCUUUACCCUGACUUCAAUGCUGGAUUUAUUCUCAUUUAGGACUAUAUUUCUGUGUUGUAACAGAUGAUUUGCAAAUGUUUUCCUUUAGUGACAAAAAAGUUAUAUAAUAUUGUUGCAGUUGAAGCACAGCUGGAUAAACAGCCGGUCUAAGACCCUCUGAGGAGUGAAAAAUUCUCUGGCAGGGGUGUCUGCAGAUUCUCAAAAGGUCAAAGACAUCAAUAUAAACAGGGCGGAUUUGAGUACAGCCAAGAUUCAGUCUUUCUUAAAUGAGCCAAGCCGGUGUUAGAAUAAACACAAGGCUCGAUCAGAAAGGCGUUUUUAGGUUUGAGCAAAUUUACCAAAUCUUCAACUGUUAUUUUGUUUUUGUCUCUUAGGAUGGCUGGGAGUAUGAUUAUGAAGGCAGGAAGUCCUUUGUCGUGGAGGUAAGUGGUUAGAUUUAACACAUUUCUGUGUCUAUGCUGUGUGUUGCAUGCCAAGUGAAAGUAAAUAACCUCAGAUUCCCUGUCUGAAGAUGAGGGUAUCCUGUACCAUGUAACCUUUGCCCUUCUGGUCUCAGUUUGACCUGGUGUGCUCAGAUGCAUGGUUGGCAGACUUGUACCAGUCCACUAUCAACCUGGGCUUCCUUGUUGGCAGCUUUGCUUUUGGUUACUUUGCUGACAGGUGAGGCCCUGAGCUGUCUUAUCCUAUCAUAACAACACUACAACACUUCCUGCUGUCCUUUACUUUUAUUCCUCUCUUGCACCCUCCUUAUUUUCACGGACUUUUUCUUCAUCUUUAAUAUCUCUAAAUAGUCCUCCUCAUGUAUGAUAUUAAAACAAACGCCCCUUAUUCUAAUCUUUUGCCUUAUGUACCUUUUUUUCACAAAGGUUUGGCAGAAAAAUCAGCUUCUUAAUGUCCAACAUACUGAAUUUUGUUGCGGGGGUCGUGCUGGCUUUGGCUCCAAACUAUAUCUCCAUCCUUGUAAUGAGGACCAUCUUAGGCUUUGGAGUCAAAGGAGGCUGGAUGGCUACAUAUGUGCUGCGUAAUGACAAAUUUUAAUCUUACAAGAACUCAGUUUUCUCUCACACAUCAGAUGAAGUACACCUGCUGUACCUAAGCUAAUCUGCCUAUCAGUCACAGAGAUCGUUGGGGUGGAGUACAGACGAACGGUGGGAAUAUUAUUCCAGAUGUUCUUCAGUGUUGGAAACCUCAUCCUCCCUCUUCUUGCCUACUUUGUCACUGACUGGCGUUGGCUUCAAGUUGUCAUCUGUGCACCCUACAUCUUCUUCCUGUUCUAUUACUGGUGAGUUAUUUUUUCCAGUUCUGUACCUUUUACAGGAGUUUUUCUUUGCUUUUUGUUACAGUGUCCCAUUAUUGUUAUGGAAAGACUAUUUUUGUGCCCGGCUUGGCGGAGGGUGGCACACUCCGUGCAGUGGUAUUUUCAUCUGGCGGAGCCCUGCGCACAGCCAGUUUGGUAUUUUUGUAGACUGAGGUGCACCGAGGUCCCCCAAGCUGGGCAUGGUGGCGCGGUAGUGGGAGGUGUCGACAGAAUCGGCUGGCGCAGUGACAUUUUCGGGGACGCCGUUGGAGUAGAAAGUGCGCUGAAAGCUCGCCGAUUCGAACAUGGUCAGCUUUCAGCGUAGGCGGAGCGCAGCUGGUCUAGUGGUAUUCUAGUAGACCGGCGGCGUAGUGCCCACGUUACCGAUACCUCACCACCAGGUUUAAACAAUGUCAGGCACAUUUCAAUUCAAGAAAUUAUCAACAACAACCAAUAUUCUGAGUCAGCACAUUUAGAUCUAUAUAGAUAUAUUCUGAUCUAUAUCUGAUCUGAUGAGCGCGUUUGGCACGUGUUUGGACACACAACCUGACCGAAUCUACACAGCUGAAACCGCAUUAAAUUAAAUAUCUAGUAAAUAAACACACAUGAUGAAGUUAACAAGAUAUGUAAUUCGUCUCCCUCCUUUUUCUAUCUUCCUCUUAUUUCUCGCACAGCUCGACCUGGACAUGUCUCCGUGUCCUCUCCCUGUCCUGCUGCUGCGGCGGCUAACCAGAUGAUUUGUUUCAGUGAUCAGAUGAGUUAUUUACUUUAAGCCUACAUAUUAGGAAUAUUAUAAUAUUCAGUUUUGUGAGGCAAAUUUAUUUUAUAUGCCAACAUCUAUGAAAGAAAGAGCCAGGCCACGGAGUGCGAUGCGUCAUUUACACACAGAUGGUUCCGAUUUUAAUGCAAUAUUUGGAGUUUAUGUUGUGAUCUGUGCGCUCAACCCACCUUUGUGACGUGAGGUUCGAAUGUGUGCAACUUUAUGUGAGUGUCUUUAUUUGUGGAAAAGGGUGUUUGUCUUACCGGUGGGUACAACAUUACGCACACCAAAUCCCUCUUUGCUUAUAGGAGAUAGUGUGCAGGACACCCUCUGCAGCGCUUACAGCGACUCUUGAUACAGGGGCUGCCUUCUGUCGCCAUCGUGUGGCAUUGCUGUCUUCACACAUCUCUUGAUCUCUUCAACUACUUCACAAAAUUGUAAUAUGCCUUGUCGGUGGUGGAUUUAAAGGUGAGGAGAGGAGCUAAUGUGAUUGGUUAAAUCCACUCUACACCUUAUCCCCUCCCUCAUCCCCUUCCGCAACUUACGCCGCUGGGAGGAGCUGAGUUAGGGAGGGGGGAUACUUAUGUCGGGCUGCGCCACUCACCAAAAUACCAAACUGUGCUCGGGCACGCCUUGUUGGCGCAGCGGAACUGACUUACGCUGUGCCUGCGCCACACCAUAGGCGAGGCACGAAAAUAGAGCCCAAAGAGCCCAAACCUCUAUUUAUUAGUUAGACUUGUGGGUUAUGAGACCACCAUCUUUUAUGUUGCUGCUGGUAGUAAUAGGUAAUAAGUAUAACCUUAAACCAACUCAUUACGUUACGUGAUGUUACAUCACGCUAUGCUAUGCUACUUUAUGUUACACUGCAUUUUUUAUCACACCACUUUGUUACGCUACUUUAUGUUUCUUCAUGUAAUAUAACAUGACGUUAUGUUGUCUGAAGUUAUGUCACAUCACAUCAUGUUACACAUUGUUACGAAAGAAACAAUUUAAUAUGAUAGAAUAUGAUACAAUUCAAUUUGAUAGCAUAGGAUAUUAUAUAACAUGAUAUGAUACAAUACCAUGCACUACAAUAUGAUACAGUAGCAGAAAAUAUGAAACAGCAUGUUUGGAUACUGUAGAGCAGGACACUACAUGAUACAGUACAAUACUACAAUACAAUACUCAUUAAACAAUUCCACAAGAUAUGAUUGGAUUUGAACUAAAUACUGUCAACACGAAACUACUUGACAGGGUAUGAUACAAUAGAGUGUGGUCCAGACCAGCUUUAUUUGUUCAGCGUCUGUAUACAACAUUUGUUGUGAAUUGGUGCUACAUAAAUAAGACUGAUUGAUUAUUUGAUUAAAAAUACUAUUCCAUUAGAUAAAAGACAAAGCCAUACAAUACUAAAGGUGACAAAAGUUUUGCCUCUGUUUCUCUUUUUUCAUGUCUCAGGUUUAUUCCAGAGUCUCCGAGGUGGCUCAUCUCACAGAAAAACACUGCAAAAGCUCUAGAGAUCACUGAAGCUAUAGCUAAAGAGAACAAGAUGAAAUUCUCCAAGAACUAUGAGGUUAAUCUUUUUUACAGUUUUCAUAACAUUUGAACUCUCCUGAAAGAAAAUAACAUUUUUGCUGUGUUAUGUCGGGCACCAUGGAAAAAUCUGUCUAAAAAAAGCUAGAUCAUGAUCAUUUGUUUCAGACGCUGAGUGAGGACGAAGCUGACUCCCCCUCUGCCUCUUUGCUUGACCUGGUCAGAACUCCGAAUAUGAGAAAACACACUUUUAUCCUCAUGUUCAACUGGUGAGACUCUUUUUAUAACCAAAAACUUGUCUUCUAAAACCAGCCCUUAAACAUCUGAGAUAUUGAUGAUCUUGCUCCCAUCUGUACAGGUUUACAAGUGCUGUGGUUUAUCAAGGCCUCAUCAUGCGAGUGGGGAUAACAGGAGGAAAUGUGUACAUUGAUUUCCUCAUAUCUGGCCUGGUCGAGUUCCCCGCUGCCUUUCUCAUCCUCUUAACCAUUGAACGGGUCGGCCGACGUCUUCCCUUUUCCUUGGCUAACAUCGUAGCCGGAGCCUCUUGCCUCAUCACGGCCUUCAUUCCUGAUAGUAUGAAAAACUUCAAAUGUUAAUGUAUUCAUUUUUGUACUAAAUCAAUGUGAUACUGAGUGCAAUUUGAUUCGUGCACGAUUAUUAAAAUCAACAUGGCAAUAAAUCUUUCCAUCAUUAAGAUACGACAUUUCCACCUACCCAUAGCAGAAAUCCAGAUUUAUCAAGAUUGUACACAGUUCUGUAAAUGCACCUCUCUUCCCACCCUUGCAGGUAUGUUCUGGUUUAAGACGGUGGUGGCCUGUAUUGGUCGGCUUGGGAUUACUAUGGCCUUUGAGAUGGUGGUGUUUGUGAACACUGAACUCUACCCAACAUUUGUCAGGUGACAACUCAACUCAUCUUUCACAUUUAGGACACAGAAGCUUUGAAUAUGCAGAGAAAUGUGAAUAUCUGAUAUGAAUUAAUAUAAACAGGAACCUGGGAGUGUCUGUUUGCUCCACACUCUGUGAUGUCGGAGGCAUCGUAGCGCCGUUCCUGCUCUACAGACUGGCUGUUGUCUGGCUGGAGUUGCCGCUCAUCAUCUUUGGUGGGUGUCUCACUUGUUGAUGAUAGCUGUGAAAGUGUCUGAGCUGCUUUAAAUAGUAAAAAUGAUCUGUGUUUAUGUAGCACUUUCUCUAGUCUUCUGACCACUCAAAGUGCUGGUCUCACAAACCAAGUAGCGUUUGUGGUAAAUUACUAAAUUGUAUUUUGUAGAAUCUCACAAAAGCUGUCGGUCUCACAAGAUGAGUAGAUUUUAUGGUAAGUUGUUAUGUUGGACGGUUCUAGCUGAUAUUGUAAACACGAUUAUGUGUUGUAUUUGAUGGCGUAGAUCCCAGAGGGCCUAUGACUAAUCCCUAAAUAUUAAACGAUCCUGCAUUUUAAAGACACGCUUUCAGGUAAAACUGUUUCUAGAUUCAGGUUAAUAUGGUAGUCUGCACGGGAAAAGGCUGCAAGCUUGUUAAAAUUGUCUUUUUGAUCUAUGGAUCAAAAAGCUGGUACCUCAGCUGCAGGUCAUUGACUUCCUAGGACCACCAUAUGUAACUCAUUCAGUCAGUGUUUUAAAUCUUUGCUCUGUUUCAUGCAGGAGUCGUCGCUUUUAUUGCUGGAGGUUUGGUGUUGUUACUGCCAGAGACCAAAGGAGUGCCUCUCCCUGAGACCAUUGAUGAUAUUGAGUUUCCUAAUAGGUGAGUUAUCUUCUCACUCGACACAGUUAAACAAAGUUUAUCCAGCAAACUGAUGGGAGAUGGUGGAACCAAUAUUUUAACCUUUUUCUUCAAGCAGAAGUGAUAAAAAAUGUCCAGAUCCGGGGUGCCUGAAUUCUAUUUUUCUAACAGUCAACAUCACUAUUUACAAUUUCCUCCUUUUUUUAAGAAAAAUUAUCAUUAAAGAAGGAGUCGCACAUGCUUUCCUUUUCACUAAAGUUUCCUUUAACGCCAAAAUUACACUUUAUGCAGAUGAUACUACUUUCUAUUCAAAUGAAGGAUAAGCAUGUAUAAAUAGUCUUUACUACUUAUCAAAUUGGCUGAAACCUCUGAAAAAGGAAGAAAAAUAAUUGUUACCUUGCCAUGCUUUAUCAGUAAGUAAUUUGCUCCAUAUAAUGUUUCAAAAGCAAGAAUAAUAAAUCUGGAACAAAAGGCGUGAAGUGUAUCGUAUGGAUUGACCUUAUCUGCAUCAAUUUUCUACAAGAUACAUUAAAUUAAGAGGUUAUCUUUUGUGUUAAAGCUGUUAAAUAAAUAAAACAUAUUAAAAGAUAAAUAAAAAUGAAGAUACUCAUAAAAUGCAAAACUAUGUCAAAAUCAGAUUGAAUAUGUUAGUUUGUUGUGAAGUUCUAAGGUAUAAUAAGAUGUAUAAAAUGAAUCUUUUCAAACAAUAAAUUUGUGUAAACCAGGAGUUUUUGAAGAGAUCUAAAUAAAUUCUGGUGUUUGAUAUUCAUUUUUUAAAAUAAAUGUUUCCGUUUUAAUUUCCAGGAAAAACCAGGAUCUUGCAGAGAAGCAACAAAAGACCAAACUCUUGAAAUCAGAGCUGACGAACAACAAAGAAACAACAACUGUGUGACUGUGUGACUUUGUGCAUGUGUUUAGAUUUUAAUAUUUGGAUGCAGUACUGUAUGAUAUCCUCUGCAAAAACAUGAAAGCUUUUUUUUUUUUUUUUACACAUUUUCCAUAAAGCAUCACGUCCCUCAUUCCUUGGUAUCAAGUUUUAUUUUUUAGCUCACAGAGAAAAACUUCUUUCACAUUCCAACACCGACACCAGGGGGAACAAAAACCUCAUUAAUACAGGUUACACCAGGCUGCGAACAGAUACAAAUGUUUAGGUAUCUUUAAAUAGCACAGUGAGCCAUUACUGUCUGUGCCUGCUUAGCCAUCAUAGAUAAAGAUGAAUGGUUGAUGUUGUUAA